GGCAGGCGGAGGACUCGUCCUCUCUGUGGCCCUCCCAGGGGUCUGAGAGGGACUGGAAGCACCCAGCGCCGGGGUGCUGCAGGCCGGCAGGUGCUGCCGGCCCCGCGCUGUGCGAGGCUUGUUGGGGCCGCUGUUGCUGGGCCAGUGCCUGCGGCAGUGUGGCUUCCCCACAGGGACAUCCCGCUCAACCUCCCACUCAGCUAAAGCCCCAUCCGCGGCUCCUGUAGGUGAUCUUGAUGCUGAGGUUUGAAACAGGUACCGCCCUCCAGUGUUACUCCUGCACGGCCCAGAUGAGCAACAGGGACUGCCACAACGUGGAGAACUGCACCCAAGGCCAGACCCAGUGCAAGACGGAGCGCAUCCGUGCAGUUGGGCUCGUGACCGUUAUCAGUAAGGGCUGCAGCUCGGACUGUGUGGAAGAUGCGGAGAACUACUACGUGGGCAAGAAGAACAUCACGUGCUGUUCCACGGAUCUGUGCAAUGCCAGUGGGGCCCACGGCCUGCAGCCAGCCACUGCGCUGGGGCUGCUCGCCACGCUUGGCAGCUUGCUGCUGUGGGGGCCCAGCCAGCUGUAGGCUCCAGGAGGGUCCACAGCCAAUGCCGUGUCCCUGACCUCGUGACCUGGCAGAGGUCUAACCCUCACCCUGCUCCCCACCUCCACAGCUCCCCCUGGGACUCCUGCCCAGUGCCUGCCUGCCCAGCAGGCUGGACUGCAGUGCCUUAGAACAGCCUGCAGCGGCUCCUCUGCAGGCCUCGGCUGCUGCUGUUGCCACAGCCCAUGUUUUGGCCACCUUUGCUCAGGUGCCUCCUCUAGGAAGCCUUCUCUGCCCUCUCCUCCAGGACUGAGCCAGGGCCCUCCAAGGCUGAGAUGAGAUGGGCUGGGUAGCAGUCGGGCUGGGAGGGUCACAAGGCCCUGGGAUCUAGAUGAGGCAGGCAGGGAGGGACAAGCCCCCCCGUUCAUGGACAACCUGGGAGCAGCCUGGCAUACAGUAUGCUCUUAAUAAACACCUGUUGGGCAA